AGAUUUAUAUUUGAGAUUAAUUUCGUUAUUGUUAAUUUGUUUUAAUUCAUAAGUUUCGUUAAUAAAUAAAUUUUUGAAAACUGGCAUAAUAUUACUAUAAAAAGAACCGUUAAAUUCGCUAUAACUAUCACGAAACAAGUUUUAAAUCUUCAAACCGGCUUAUUGUUCAUCAUUUUACUAUGGAUACUGUUGCCAUAAUUUUCUUCACAAUACUACAGAGCGUCAUUAGUUUUGACUCCAGAGACUUGGUUUUCGUGAUAGUGAGCCAGGGUGACCCCUACCAUGCCAGCGUGGCCGCGCGUCUCGAGCAGGACAUCAUCAGACAGGUCCAAAAUAUUGAAAAGCGCGACCCUCGAGUCCACCUAACGCACGUGGACUUCCCUGUCCCCGGGGCGUGGAGCAUCAUCCCCCUGCUGCGGCCGCUCGUCUCCCGGUACAACGGCAGCGCGCGCUGGGUGCUGUUCGUGGAGCCGCAUACCGCCGUGCGCUGCGAUCGCCUGCUACACGCGCUGGCUGCGGCUGACCCACGCCAGGAUAUACAUUGGAUCGGCUACCCGCUGCGAGACGUGGAGCCCACCAUCAUCCACCACUUCGCGUUCUACGACGAGCUGGAGGAGGACGGGGGCUUCGUGUACCCGCACUUCGCCAGCGGGUUCGCCAUGAGGAUACAGCUUAUGGCCAGCCUUAUGGACCUAAUAGAGUCUGGCGCGAGACGACUCGAGGCGGACUUCUCAAUAGACCCGGCGUUUGAGCUGGCACAGCUGGUGUACGGGGACCCUAAACAGCCUGGCCCCCUGCUCACGCCGGACCACAGCUUCUGUGUAGUGUCGGGAGACACCUGUGCUACUUACCCCAGGCAGUUUGAUACGUGUGGCAGUCCCAUACCUGAGGAGUGGAUAUUCUUCGCGGUGAAGACUUGGAGUGGCUUCCAUGAUACGCGAGCUAAGGUUGUAAAGAAGACCUGGGGCAAACAUGUCACUAACCUACAGUUUUACAGCGACAAAGAUGACCCCACUCUGCCGGCGAUAGAUAUCGGUGUACCGAACUCCAAGACGGGGCACUGCGUGAAGACGGUCGCGAUACUGGAGGACGUGCUACGCAGGAUCGAUAGGCGGCCCAUCAGGUGGAUAUUCCUGGCCGAUGACGAUACUAUAUUGGGAGUGCGAAGACUGUGCGAGAUGUUGAGCUGCUACCGCGGCGGCGCUGACAAUAUGAUGCUGGGUGAGCGGUACGGGUACGGAUACGGCAAGAAGGAGACUGCUGGGAAAGGCUACGACUACAUAACCGGCGGGGGCGGCACCGUGCUCAGUGUGGGCGCGGCGCGCGCGCUGGCGGCCUGCGCGUGCGCGGGUAUCUCUGCGCCAGACGACAUGACGCUCGGCGCGUGCGCACGCGCACACACGAAGACUACCAUAGUACACUCGCCGUUGUUCCAUCAGGCCCGUCCAUCCGACUACCCUCGCGAGGCGAUAGCGCGCGACCGGCCCGUGUCCUUCCACCGCCACUCCGCACCAGACCCGCUCCUGGUGUACGCCACGUGGUUCCGACAUGAUGACAUGGCCGUGCCGAGAGCUAGGGAUGAGCUGUAGCUUGGAAUUGCUGCUGGUAAUAAAUCAUGUUGUAUUACGAGGCUCCUAGUGUAAGUCACAAGGUUCUGGUUCCAUUAGCGCCACAUUCCUGCAUCGCGCUAUCGAAGUUUUCUAAGUGCGCCGGUA